AAAAGCUUCGCCAGUAAAACGGCUGGUGCUCAUUGACUCUCGCUAUGUGGCGAUACCUCAGCGAUUUCUCGAGCCGGAUUACCUAUUGAUUUUCCUCCUUUCUUGCCUCCCAGGUUUACUCGGCUGGACAUUGUGUGUGUUUGGAUUUCUCAAGGAUUCUCCCCCGACUAACAUGGAUGUCCCACCAUUCCUUGCAGUUGAAGGUUGCUCCUUGGCGCAGUGAAUGAAGAACAUGCAGGGAUUGCUAAUGGGUUUGGGAAGCGUAGACUCUCUCCUCUCUCUGUGACCAUGCCGUGAUCGUGUCUGAGGGCCAGCAAUUUACGUAUCCUCAUUCUUACCCUACCGAGAAACCUGACGGCUUAGAAGGGGGAAGUAAGGCAGCGCGUGUGUGCAUAGAAACAUCAUGAAGAUUAUUCCCCCUAUUCUAACUAAUCCAGUCUUCAGAUGCACCACUAGACUCCUUCUUUGCUUACUGUGGAUUGGAUAUUCUCAAGGAACCACACAUGUAUUAAGAUUUGGAGGCAUUUUUGAGUGUGUGGAAUCAGGCCCAAUGGGAGCAGAAGAAUUAGCUUUCCGGUUUGCUGUGAACACAAUCAACAGAAACAGAACUCUCCUGCCAAACACCACGUUAACAUAUGACACCCAAAAGAUAAAUCUGUAUGAUAGCUUUGAAGCAUCCAAAAAAGCGUGUGAUCAGCUGUCCCUUGGGGUGGCUGCCAUCUUCGGACCGUCCCACAGCUCCUCGGCUAAUGCGGUGCAGUCCAUCUGCAAUGCGCUGGGUGUGCCACAUAUCCAGACCCGCUGGAAACAUCAAGUGUCAGACAACAAGGACUCUUUCUAUGUCAGCCUCUAUCCAGAUUUUUCUUCACUCAGCCGUGCCAUCCUUGACCUUGUGCAGUUCUUCAAGUGGAAAACAGUCACUGUUGUUUAUGAUGACAGCACUGGUCUUAUUCGAUUACAAGAGCUCAUCAAGGCUCCAUCACGGUACAACCUGAGACUAAAAAUUCGUCAGCUGCCAGCUGACACAAAAGAUGCAAAGCCAUUGCUAAAGGAGAUGAAAAGAGGCAAGGAGUUCCAUGUAAUCUUUGACUGCAGCCAUGAAAUGGCAGCAGGCAUCCUGAAACAGGCUUUGGCUAUGGGAAUGAUGACAGAAUACUAUCACUAUAUCUUUACCACACUGGACUUAUUUGCCUUGGAUGUGGAACCCUAUCGGUAUAGUGGUGUUAAUAUGACUGGAUUCCGAAUUCUAAAUACGGAAAAUACCCAGGUGUCAUCAAUCAUUGAAAAGUGGUCUAUGGAGCGAUUGCAGGCACCUCCUAAACCUGAUUCAGGCUUGCUGGAUGGAUUUAUGACGACCGAUGCAGCUCUAAUGUAUGAUGCAGUUCAUGUGGUGUCAGUGGCUGUCCAGCAGUUUCCACAGAUGACUGUCAGCUCACUACAGUGUAAUCGGCACAAACCCUGGCGCUUUGGGACUCGCUUCAUGAGUCUCAUUAAGGAGGCCCAUUGGGAAGGCCUCACAGGCAGGAUAACUUUCAACAAAACUAAUGGCCUAAGGACAGAUUUUGAUUUAGAUGUCAUUAGCCUCAAAGAAGAAGGUCUUGAAAAG